AUGGUAUUUGCAGCCAAAAGCGUGGUGUUUUGCUUCAUUCUACUAUUAGGUUUGCGGGAAGUUUUGGAGAUUGGUUACAAUUUCGCCAAUGUGAAAGAUGUGGCUACCAAACAUGACAAAACCGAACAUGGCAUUGACCAAAACAUUAUCAUACGCAGGGGAAAUGAUAAUCAAACGAAUGCAUUGUUCAACGAAUCAAGUCAUGAUGAUGAUGCCAAUGAUGAAACCAAAGACAUUUCAACAGACGACGAGAGUUCCUCCUCCUCCUCCUCCUUCGAAGAAGAAGAAAAAGAACCACAAGACGGUCACAGCACAGUAUGGUUGAGAAUAUGGGGGUCUCAUAUUGCAGCUGUAGAUCCAAAUGAAGAUGAUGAUUUUUCGAUUGGAGACAAUAAGGGAUUGUGGCAACGUUUAUCAUCCAAUGAGACAUCAUCCACAUUGUCGUCCAAGUCCAUUCUAAUCGAUCUGUUUGCUGCCUUUCCUCGUCCUAAACAACAAAAUUCAGCAGCAGUCUACAACAAAGAUGCCUAUGAUUCACUAAUUUCCAAGUUGGUGAAAUCACGCAAACAGGGGAGGAAUUUUACCAUUGUAGCCAGUGGCGGUUCCACUACGUGUGGAGCUGCGAAGGAUCAGCCAGCCAUACCACAGGGAGAGCGAUACUACUCUCGUCUUGCUGGCUACCUCAAUGCCUUACUUACCGACUACCAAGAUGACGAUUCUACUCGGCAGCAAACCGCAACUGUGCAAUGGAUCGGUCAAGGUCACGGGGCAAGAACCUCGCUCCAUACCGCAAUUUUCUUUGACAGCUUUAUCCCAGUCGAUACCGACUUGUUGCUUUGGGAAUUUUCCAUCAAUGACGCUAUUGAUUGGUUUGGAGGAGACCCAGAAUUGUUUCGCAAAAGUCUCCAGAGCGAUCUAUUGGUUUGGCUGGAAGAGGUUAGUAGAAUGAAACGACCUGCAAUGGUCAUGUUGAUCUACUACUGGAAUACCCCCUAUCAUCAAAAUGCAGCUGCCAAUGAAAUUGUGGGUCAAGCGUUUGAAGCACAUGCGAGCAUUGCGAAAGAGUACGAUUUUGUUGUGGGGCAUGUCAACCUCGGAUCGUUCAUUGACGAAGUGUACUUUCCUGGAUGCACUAGAUGGGAAACAUGCCCACUACUGAGCGACAAACAUCAUGCCAGCAGGCUGGGUCACGUUCUCACCGCCUAUCUACUCUUGAAUUUGCUGAACCCGAGCAAGGAGCUUCUAUUGCCACCUGGUACUAAGGAAGAUGAUGAUACCCGUAGUGAAAGCAGCAUCUACGAAUGGAAUUGUGGAGUGGAAACAGACGCCAAACAAAUUUUGAAGCAGGUACUUACCGCCCCAACAAUAGGAUGGAAGUCUCCACUUGGUGCAUGGACACUGGAUCUACCUGCGUACGACCAGAUGACGUCAAGACAACUUGUAGCUGGUCCUAGGUUAGGGGAUAUUGAUUUGGUUGACAAGGCAGAUCCGAUACGCCAGGAUCGAAAGCGUUGUACAACUUUAGAAUACUGUGGUAACGGAGGCACCUACUUCUCUGUGAUUGCCCCAAUCGAACCGAUGGAAAGCGUCCAAGCCGUCUUGUUGGUGCUCAAAAAACAUCAAACUGUACUUGACACUACAGAUGUUAACGUGAUACUCAAUGAUUCCAAUGUGACAACGAACGGACAGCUAGUCGCAAUGAGGACAGAGAAAGACCCGUCCAUUUUUCGCAAGUGGCCUUGCCAUUUCUCCGGUGGUUGGAGUUCCUUUGCCGACACAUACUGGUAUAUUUUUGAAAAACCGCAGUCAGCUGUCAACUCUAUGGCAUUAUGCAUCCCCUCCAACGCGAGAAUAAUCACACCUCCCAAGAUACAAGCUGUUGCAUUUUGGUGA